AUGGUGAAGCUAGCAAUUCUGAUGGUCAUUUCUCUCACAGCCUUAGCAGUGAACCCAAGUCUCUUUAAAGCACAGUUCUUAGAAACCCAAGAAGAUCAAGCAGCAUGCAUAAAGCCAGAAGAACAAGUUUGUGAAGAACAAGUCCAAGUCUGCAAAGGAGAAAAAGGAGAUAAAGGGGAACAAGGACCACAAGGGCCAGCAGGCCCAGCUGGACCAGCAGGACCACAAGGCUGCCCUGGUCCUAAAGGAGAAAAAGGAGAAAAAGGAGACAAAGGAGAAAAAGGUGAACAAGGCUGCCAAGGGUUGCAAGGAGAAAAAGGAGAGAAAGGAUGCCAAGGGGCACAAGGUCCACAAGGGGAAAAAGGAGAAAAAGGUGAGAGAGGAGCCAGAGGAGUUUCUGUGAAAUGCAUUGAAGUUGAUGAUUGGAGCGAAUGCGACGAAAAAGUAGUCCAAACUUCAGUUAAAAGCAGUGACGGAUCUGUUUCAUCAAGCUCGUGGGUUAGUAGUAGCUCAAGUGUAGACCAAGCUAAUGUUGUGGGACAAGCCAAUGUUAUCGCUCAGAGCAGCUCAAGUGGCCAGAACAACGCAAUAGCUCAAAACAACGCCAUUGUUCAAAACAACGCUGUAGCACAGUAA